AUGAGAACACUGCAUAGAAGUAGAAAAGAAGACGUGAUAGUUGAUGAGAAGAUAUCAAUUAUUGGAAUUUCUAAUUUGAAUGGAGUUUCUAUGGUUAAAACUGAUAAUUCUUUGAAAGAUAAAAAUGAGACACAAAAUAUGGAUAAUAAUUCUACUUUAAAUGAUGAAAAAGAAGUUAAGAUGAAAGAAUUUGAAGUUUUUAAGGAGAGCUUUGGGAAAAAAGAGGGAUUUGUUGUUUCUAAUGAUACACGAUCAGUUAAUGAAUCUACAUUAUCAAAAAAGAAAUAUAAAUUUAAGUUAAAAACGGGAAUAUGUUAUGAUGUUCGUAUGAGAUUUCAUGCAACGAUUAAUCCAGUUGAUUUUCAUCCGGAAGAUCCUCGAAGAAUUUAUCGGAUUUAUAAAGAAAUAGCAGAUGCAGGACUUAUUAAUUAUGAUGGAUGGUCAUGGUCGAAUAUGAAUGAACAAGAGAUUAUGGAGAGGAUUUCGGCAAGGGAAUUAACACGAGAAGAAGCACUUUUGGUACAUACUGAAAAUCAUUGGGAUAGGUUACUACAAACAGCAGAUAUGUCGGUUAAUGAGCUUCUUUAUUUUGAAAGUAUUUAUAACUCAGUUUAUUUCAACAAUGAAUCUGCAUUCUGUGCAAGACUUUCAGCAGGAGGAACGAUUGAAACAUGUAUUGCAGUUGCAGAGGAAAGAGUUCGAAAUGCAAUUGCACUAGUGCGGCCACCAGGCCAUCAUGCUGAAUCGGACUGUCCUAUGGGAUUUUGUCUGUUUAGUAAUGUAGCAAUUGCAGCUAAAUGUAUUCUUCAAAAAUUUUCCAAUAUUCAGCGUAUUUUAAUUUUGGAUUGGGACGUUCAUCAUGGAAAUGGAACUCAAAGAAUUUUUUAUGAUGAUAGUUCUGUUCUUUAUAUAUCUUUACAUAGAUAUGAAGAUGGCAGAUUUUAUCCUGGAUCCAAGUAUGGAAAUUAUGAUAAAGUAGGCGUUGGGAAAGGACGUGGAAAGACUGUCAAUAUCCCAUGGCCAUGUAAAGGAAUGGGGGAUGAUGAUUAUAUAUAUGCUUUUCAAAAAGUUGUUUUACCUAUAGCAUAUGAAUAUAAUCCUAAUAUGGUGAUAAUUUCUUCUGGUUUUGAUGCUGCUAUGGGUGAUGAAAUUGGUGAAUGUUUUGUUACGCCUGUUGGAUAUGCUCAUAUGACUCAUAUGCUUAUGGGAUUAGCACAAGGAAAAUUAGUAACUGUCUUAGAGGGUGGAUAUAAUCUUGAUUCAAUAUCAAGUUCUGCUUUGGCUGUAACAAAAACUUUAAUAGGCGAACCUCCUCCUGAAUUAAAAAUAACUAAAGUUAGCGAUGCAUGUAUUGAAAUAAUACAGAAAGUUAUGUUAGAACACUCAAAAUAUUGGAACUGUAUGAGACCAAAGUCUUUGGAAUUGAACAUGGGAUCACAUUGUAUUGAGAGAUUAGAUAAUAUUAUCCGAAGUUACCAAACGAAAAAAUUAUUUGAAAAAUGGAAGAUGAUAGUAUUACCAAUAAUUAAAGAAUCUAUUUCAUUUUUUGAAAACCAAAUAAUUUGCACGAGAGAUUUUUAUAAAGCAGAAACACUCGUUGUUAUUGUUCAUGAUGCUCCUGAUGUUGUUGGUUAUUCCUAUGCUUCUAUAAAUAAAAUAAACAUAUGCAAUUCAUUUUUGAUUGAUUCUCUUAAUUUAUAUAUUGAAUGGGCUAUUAAAAACCAAUAUGGUCUUAUGGAUGUUAAUAUUGUCUCUUGCUUAGAUACUUUAAAUAAUGAAUCAUAUAAUGUAGCGUCGGCUUCACAGGAACUUUGUAUUUAUAUAUGGGAUAAUCAUUUAGAAAUGGCUGAUGCUAAAAAUAUUAUUUUUAUUGGGGUGGGACAAGGUUGUCAAGGAUUCAUUCAUUUAAUGGAAUAUCGAGAUAUUUAUGAUCGUGUUGAUGCUAUUGUACAAUUUUAUGGUGAUAAUUCUUUAAAAGCAAUUUCAUCAAACGACGAAAUUGCUGAUUGGUAUUUUAAACAUUCUCUUGUAUUAACAAGUAAUCGUCAUCCUAUAUGGAAUCUUCCUAAACGUAUAAAAAGAAAAUUUGGAAGAGUUAUUAGAUCAGACAGUAAUGAAAUAAACGAAAUAUUAGAAAAUUCUUUUAAUAAAGUUUCGGCUUUUUUUCAAGAUAUUUUGGAAUCUAACACUGCUAUCGUGGAUAAUUAA